AUGCUGGUGAUGCAGAUCACGGAAAAGCUCUUCGUCGGCGGCAUCAGCCUCUUCGUGAAGGUCUUCCGCCGCAGGCCCGAGAAGGUGUACGACUGGAAACCCAUCGAAGAGAUCGAGGAGGCGGGGAGCUCCGUCUUCCCGAUGGUCCUCGUCCAGAUCCCCAUGUACAACGAGAAGGAGGUGAGCUCGCAGUCUCCUCUCCUUCUUCCCGCUUCUCCUCCUCCCCAUUCGGCAGAACUCGCGAGCCCAUCGGUGAUCUCUGAGGCGACGGCGCAGGUUUACAAGCUAUCCAUCGGAGCUGCGUGCCGGCUGUCAUGGCCGCGGGACAGAUUCGUCAUCCAGGUCCUCGACGACUCCACAGAUCUCGGCAUCAAGGUUGGUCAUCAACCUCUCUGCUUCGGAGCUCUCUGUCCUCUCCCCCCUCCCUUCCCCACAGCCGUUUGUCGAGAUUGGUUGGUGGUCACCUUCGAUCCAUUCCCCCCUCCACGUGGUGGUGGGUUCUACUCGGAUUUACUCUGCAUCACACUUGUGGAGAAGAUGACAAAUCUUUAAUGGGCGAGAAACGCUGAGACAAUCGUGGCGGGCCCCGCAGAUGUCGCUUGGUCCAGUCAGAGUCGGCCACCUGUCAUUGACUCACCAUCAACUUGACUACCUUUGUCGCCUCGAACGUCGCCGGCGUCUGAGCAGUGCUGAACUCACUUGCAGGAGCUGGUGAUGGCGGAGUGUCGCCUGUGGGCGGCGAAGGGGAUGAACAUCAAGUACGAGGUGAGGGACAACAGGAAGGGCUACAAGGCGGGCGCCCUCAAGGAGGGCAUGAAGCACAGCUACGUGGAGCAUUGCGAGUACAUCGCCAUGUUCGACGCCGACUUCCAGCCGGAGCCCCAUUUCCUGCAGAGGACCAUCCCCUUCCUCGUCCACAACCCCCGGCUGGCCCUCGUCCAGUCCCGAUGGAAGUUCGGUGAGUCGUCUCUCCGAUGGCCUCGUCUUCUCGACUCCGACUGGCCUUCCGGCUCGAGAGGGGCUGGGUCUACCCCCGUUCUCCUCCGUGGCUAAUGAAUUUGGCGUCCUCCGUGCAGUGAACGCCGCCGAGUGCGUGAUGACGAGAAUGCAGGAGAUGUCUCUGAACUACCACUUCAAGGUGGAGCAGGAGGGCGGUUCGUCGUCCUUCGCCUUCUUCGGCUACAAUGGUAGUCUCGACUUCCUCCUCCUCCUCCUCCUGCUGCCCACAGCCUGUUCGAUUAAAUUACCCACAGAAAGACGCCACCCACAGAUGCUCUCAUUGCUCGGCGUCUGCAGGCACGGCCGGUGUGUGGAGGAUCUCCGCCAUCCAAGACGCCGGCGGUUGGAACGACCGGACGACGGUGGAGGACAUGGAUCUGGCUGUCCGAGCGGGCCUCAGGGGAUGGAAGUUUGUGUACGUCGGCGACAUCAAGGUGCGCAGGUUUCCCUCACUUCCUUCGUGAUUGACUUUCUGGGUCGGUUUUUUGCAGUGCAUAAUUAGAUGGAUUGAGGGUUGACCUUGCUUCCUGGGGCAGGUUAAAAGCGAGUUGCCGAGUACGUUCAAGGCCUACCGGUUUCAGCAGCACAGAUGGUCGUGCGGGCCGGCGAAUUUGUUCAGGAAGAUGGCCCUGGAGAUCAUCACGAAUAAAGUGAGCUCACCCGUUGACUUUAGUUCGUUCUCCACCUUGGGUCCUUCUUCGCUUCAGUCCUGCAGGCUUGAUGGUUAUUGAUGAUGGUGAACCAUUGGAUCUCUCCCCUUGUCCCCACGCAGACGGUGUCCAUCUGGAUGAAGUUCUACCUUCUCUACUACUUCUUCUUCCUCGGGAAGAUCGUGGCCCACUCGCUGACCUUCAUCUUCUUCUGCACCGUGAUCCCCAUCUUGGCCUUCGUCCCCGAGGUUGACAUUCCGAUGUGGGCUCUGUUCUACGCGCCGCUGGUCAUAACCAUCCUAAAAGCGAUCGAGACUCCACGGUACAGACGAGCCCUCGCCAGAGAUCAUCGUUCCCUAUUUAUUUCUUUGAGGCAUCGAUCUUUCAGAGGAAUUCUGAUCUGGGUAGCCCCUGUGAUCUUGCCGGGGCAGAUCUCUUCACCUGACGGUGUUCUGGGUCCUCUUCGAGAACGCGAUGUCGUUGCACCGGCUCAAGGCGGCGAUGAUGGGUCUGCUCGAGGCCGGCAGGGUGAACGAGUGGGUCGUCACCGAGAAGCUGGGGGCCACCCUCAAGGCGAAACCUGCGGCCGAAGGGCUCGAAAAGGCUCAGAGCCUCGAGGACGUCCACGAGCCGCUAUUGCCCAUCGCCGCUCAGCCUUCCAAGAAAACUACGGUCAGGUUCUGGAAAAGGUAACGCCUUUCAGAUAGCCCGGCCUUCGUAGUUUGUUGACGCGGAUCUGUUCUUUCUCUGUCUUCAUGUUCUUUCUCUCUCUAUGGUUCCCGUCGGAAAGGUUCCACCAUGCGGAGCUCGGCUGGGGAGUUGUCCUCAUCUGCUGCGGGUUCUACGACGUCUUCGUCACCAAGAAAGGCUACUUUGUGUACGUCCUCCUCCAGGGCUCCGCGUUCCUGGUGACCGGCUUCGACUACGUCGGCACCCACAUCCCGACGCCCUGA